AUGAUUAAUUUCACCGGCCAAACUCGAAAGAGGAAUGUCAAUCUCGGGGAUAAGAGACAGAGAGGUAUUGGGACCACCAAUUAUUUGGAAAAGACAAAAUUACAAAGACAACAAAGGGAAGCACAAAGAUCAAAGGAUAAAUCAGGUUUACUAAUACAGAAGUAUGUUAUAAGAUAUUUACACUAUCGAAGAUUAGCAGAGAUCCAGUAUGAUGAAUGGGUCAGUAGGAGCAUCAGAAGUCAAGAGGAGUUCAAUGAAUGGGUAGUUCAAUUGUUCAUAAUGACAAAAUGGAAGUUUCCCUACAGUUCUGUACCAAUUAUAUCCACAUAUUUGAAUAUUCUUGAUAGACAUUUGACGAAAUGGGAAUUAAUGCCUUUGACCAACAAAAUCAUAAUGAAGUCAUUGCUACUAUUCUUAAAGAUCAAUGACGGAGAUAUUGUUAGUAAUACCAUCAGACUCAUUGAGUCAGUUAUAAGAAAAUCCAAGUUUGAAGUUAAAUACCCUGGUUUCAUUAAUUCUAUUAGUGAGGUCAUUGAUAACGAUUCAAGAGCCAAAGAGCUUAUAAUGAGUGUGAAUGUAAGAGAUUCCAAGCCAUCAUUCCUUCUAUUUUUGGCAAAUAUCGAUUUUAUAGACCAAAAGUAUAUUGAUUUGAUCAGAGAAGUAUUGUCGACGAAGGAUGUAGUGGACAUAAUCGACGGAUUCACUAAACAACAGAAGGUUUCCUUAUUAAUAUUAUACAUGAAUGUUCACGGGGAUGGAACUUUUUAUGAUGAAGAUUAUAUAUCGAUAGGUAAUAUCCUUACAACUAUUCCUUUUUCAGUUGUCACUGAAGACGAAGAUCUCAUGGAAGAAGACGAAGUUGACGAUGAAUAUGUCUUCAAGGUUCCGAAUUCUUCUUUCACACAACUUUCAAAGUUAUAUGAGAAAUCAUUCGUACAAAAAUUGAUCGAUUUAUCUACCAGUAAAGAUACAGGCUUAGCUAUUAACAUAAUAUCUAAACUUUUCCAUUUAUUGCCUGAUUUCAAAUCAAGACUUUCAGUGUCUAUAACCAUCAUACCCGGGUCAUAUAAAUGGUUCUUCAAUCAAAUCCAACAACAUAACAUAUAUAAGCUUCUCAGUGAUGCUUUUGACUCCAAACGAGAUUAUGUCAAAUACGAUACUAUCAUGGAAUUAUAUGAAGAUUACAAAGAUUAUGAAAUCAAAAACUUCUGGAAUAUUCUUUAUACUUUUGAAGAACUUUAUUCAUAUUGGUUGAUAGUAUCUAACGAUUUAGAAAGUUUUGAUGAUAGUAAAUUGAGCUUAGAAGAAGCUUCAUACUUCUUGAAAUUCUUGAGGACUUGUUGUUUGACGUUGAUAUUUAUUAAUGACAAUAAUAAAUCCGCCAUUGCUAAUGAUUUUGACAAAUUGAAAGAAAUCUCCAUCACUUUAUUGAAUCAACUUUAUCUCAAGAACUUGAGAUUGAAAUUUUUACCUAAGGAUUUCUGGCAAGUAAAUGAUAUUGUAUUCAAUCUUGAUGUGAUGUUACAGAUAAUCGGAGAUGAAGAAGAACGAAGAAUUGAAGAGUUGGAUGAAGAUGAAGAUGGUAAACCAAUAAAAAAGAUUAACAAAAGACCCCUCCCCAUAGACACUCUUGCCAAACUUGAAAUUUUAAAUAAAUUACCAUUCUUCCUUAAAUUCAACGAUAGAGUUCAAAUAUUUCAAAGUUUAAUAGAUCUUGAUAGACAAAGAUCGGAAGAGAAUGUAGGUUUCUUCUCAUACUUUGAUGAAGUCAAAGUCAAAGGAGAGAUUAGAAGACAAAAUUUACUCGAAGAUGCUUACAAACAUUUUGGUAAUUUAGGUGGUAAGUUCAAGAAGAAGAUUGGUGUGUCAUUCAUCGAUCAAUGGGGGAGACCUGAAGAAGGUAUUGAUGGAGGUGGAUUGACCAAAGAAUUUUUAAAUAGAGUUGUAGUUGAAGGAUUCUCACCUAAUAGUGAUUUCCGUCUAUUCAAAGAAACUUCCACUAAUCAAUUAUAUCCUAAUGACGAAAUUUAUUUGAAGUAUAGUAAGAAUAUUGAUAGUGAACAGCAAAUAGAGAAGCUCAAGUAUUUAAAGUUUUUGGGUUCAAUUAUAGGUAAAUGUCUUUAUGAGAGUGUUUUAAUCGAUGUUUCCUUUGCACCAUUUUUCUUGAAUAAAUGGUGUACGUCCAAAAAUGUUAUGAAAAACUCCAUUAAUGAUCUAAGAUCCUUAGAUGAAGAGUUAUUCUUGAAUUUGAUGAAAUUAACCAAAAUGAAUAGUGAGGAAUUGGAAUUCUUGGAUUUGGAUUUCACCAUCGACGAAAAAAUCGAUGGGAAAAGCCAUGUAGUUGAAUUAAUGAAGAAUGCUGGUAAUUUAAAAGUCACUACAUCCAACAAAUUGAAUUAUAUUCAUCAAAUUGCUAAUUUCAAAUUGAAUACUUCAUUAAAUAUUCAAUCAAAGUACUUCUUAGAAGGAUUAUGUGAGAUAAUUUCAGCUGAUUGGCUCAAAAUGUUCGAUUUCAAUGAAUUGCAGAUGUUAAUUUCAGGUUCAGAAUAUAACAUUGAUCUAGAUAAUUGGAAACAGAAUGUUGAAUAUGGAGGUUAUUUAGAAAAUGAUCUCACCAUCAAAUAUUUCUGGGAAGUAAUCGAGGAAAUGACACCAAAAGAAAGAUCUAAAUUACUUAAAUUCGUAACAUCAGUAGCUAGACCCCCAUUACUUGGUUUCGAAGUACUUAAUCCCAAGUUUGGUAUAAGAAAUAGUGGUCGUGAAAAAGAAAGAUUACCCACAGCUUCUACUUGUGUGAAUUUGCUUAAACUUCCUGAUUAUCAAAAUAAGGAACUUAUAAGAUCUAAAUUACUUUAUGUGAUUGAAAUCGAUUCGGGAUUUGGCUUGUCUUGA